AUGCGGGCAACACGGGACAGAGCAUCUACAGCGCAUCUUCAGAGCUCUGACACUGCCUUAUAUGCAUAUCUUGACUCUGGCCCUCCGCCAGGGAUUGCAAACUACACGACGGUGGUCAUCAUUCACGGCUACGUCUGGCAUGGCGGAAACUUCAGGAAACUAAUUCCGCUUGCACAUCAGCACCGCGCGCGGGUCGUCGCUGUGAACAGGCACGGAUACCCGGGGUCUGCGCCAUUCAACAAUGUGGAUCUCUCGUUGCUUGAGAGCCUCGUAACCUCGCCGCCUACGCCAAACAAUGCAGAGACUAUGCUCGCGUUCAUGCGCGAUCGUACGCAGGAGAUCCACGACUACCUGACGCGCUUCAUCACAAGCGAGCAUACACCUCUUGCGGGAGGGAUCAUCCUCGUUGGGUGGUCGUUCGGGACGGUCUGGAUGAACGCAUUGCUCGCCAACAUCGACUACUGUCCGCCAAGGGAAGUAGAUCUCCGGUCAUACUUCAAGCGCAUCGUCUACUACGACGGAUCUUAUGUCGGCCUCGGCCAGCCCCCGCCCCCAGUCGCAUACCCGUCAGAACCCUCCGAUGCUUACGACGCUUGGCUCUCUGGCUACCACGCCCACGGCGACAUAUGGUCGCGCGGUGCCUCUGCGCUAAGCUUCGGACCCGCGCUCGCCGACCCCUCGCCCACCACGACGCGCAUGAGUUCUGAAGAGCUCGAGGAGUCUACAUACCCUCCUGCUGGUGGGCCGGGGGGAUGCGAUCGACUCCUGACGCAGGCAUGCAUGAAGCUCGGGACCUACCAAACACUGCACAGGCGGGCGUUCUACCUCGACGAUGAUGGGCACGUCGGCAAUAAGUGGCACGAUGUUGAAGUUCGUGUUGUAUGGUGCGAUCACACCGAGUGGGAGAUGCCGUGGGGUGCAUACUCCUUGUACAAGGAGCUGCAGGAGUCCCGAGAGGCCGGGUUGCCCGUGAGGGACGCUGUCUUCGUGCGCCUGAGAGGUGCAAACCACUUUGCGCACUGGGAUAUGCCUGAGCAUGUCCUGGCAGCGUUUCUGGAGCUGAGCAACGUGGAUGAGUACUGUACCCAGUGA